AUGAGACCUGUAUCUUCCACGCAGUCGUAUCCUUUGGUAGCAAGGAUUCUUCAACGCGUGUGCUCGAUGUUGAACGAUCCAAAGCACUUGAUAGUUCUUCUUCAUAUCCAAAGUUCGAACACAGCGAAAACAGAAAAGACGAUAUCAGACGAAAUUUCUAUGCCGUUAGGUGUUGUUUCUAAUGUGACUAAAACACUUCAAGAACAACGUUUGAUCGAGUCUAAAACGUUUAUCGAGAAAAGUACCGACGAGAAGAGGAAGAAAAAUAUCAGUUACUUUUACAUCAAUUAUACAAACGCCAUCGAAACUAUCGUUUUCCGAUACGCGAAGAUCACAACAGAGCUCAACGAAAAUAGAGUAUCCGACGACACUUCGUAUAUCUGUAGCAAAUGUCAAACACGGUUCAGUGAGGAAGUCGCAGUUGAGUAUAUGGACUUUGACACACAUAAGUUGGUAUGCCCGAACUGUGACAUCCCAUUGGACAACUAUGUCGAAGCUGCGUCGUCGGGUGCUGCUGCGAAGAUGCGAAAUGUGAUGGAGCAAUUUAAAGAGCUUAAAACGCUACUGGAGAUGUUAAAAGAGGAAUAUCAUAGUACAAAUGAUUAUCCGAACUACAUUCUUCCAUACUCUGCGGAAGACAAGACUCAAAUGCAAAAUAUGAACCGACGCCACCAAAACGCGAUUCGACAAAACAAUUACAAAAGUGGAAUUGUAAGCGGAUUUGUCACACGAAUAUUGGAUGGCCCAAUGCCGUGGGAGGACGAAGAAUGGGAAAAUCAAACACACUUUAAGAGAGAGAAAAGUGCGGUUGCGAAGAAAGACGACACUUUCGACCCAUUCGAAAACGUUGUAUUCAUGCAAAGCGAAUUCAUGAAGCCCGAUACGUCAUUCAUGGAAAAAGAGUCGACGGUUGUCAGAGACUCUGUGCACAACUCCCCGACUAAUAUCACUGUCAUCAAACUCAAUAAAAAGCAAAGGAAACACACGCCGAUCCGUCCGCUGUCUGCUUCCCAAGCUUAA